GGUGGUGGAGGUGUCGAGCCGGGCCUGCACUGAACCUCUACAGCAUGUCGAAAAAGAGACGCAACGGAUCCCGUGGCCACCAGGCUCAUGGUCAACAGAAACACAGACCUCAUGCUGCAAGGACUUUAAGGGAACCUGCAAUCUUCGCUGAAGGUUCAAGCACUGAUUCUGAAGUCCCCCAUAACAAGGUGACUUUAGCUCAGGCCCGGCGUGGCACUCCUGGUCGCCCUGUGAGGGUCUAUGCUGAUGGGAUUUUUGACCUCUUCCACUCUGGUCAUGCACGUGCCCUUAUGCAGGCCAAGAAUCUGUUCCCCAAUACAUGCUUGAUUGUUGGAGUUUGCAGUGACGAGCUGACACACAAGUAUAAAGGCUACACGGUAAUGACCGAAACCGAGCGUUACGAAUCGCUAAUACACUGCCGCUACGUAGACGAGGUGGUUCAAGACGCCCCGUGGACCAUUACGGCUGAGUUCCUAAAGAAACACAGGAUUGACUUUGUGGCUCAUGAUGACAUCCCGUACACUUCUGCAGGAUCAGAAGAUGUGUAUAAACAUAUCAAAGCAGCAGGAAUGUUUGUAGCUACACAAAGAACAGAAGGCAUUUCUACCUCCGACCUCAUCACACGCAUCGUCCGCGACUACGACGUCUACGCGCGAAGAAACCUCCAAAGAGGAUACACAGCCCGAGAUCUCAACGUCGGAUUUCUCAAUGAGAACAAGUACCGCAUCCAGAACCAGGUGGAUAAAAUGAAAGAGAAGGUGAGAACCGUGGAAGAGAAGUCUAAACACUUAGUGCACCGCGUGGAAGAGAAAAGCCAUGACCUCAUCCUGAAAUGGGAAGAGAAAUCCCGUGAGUUUAUUGGAAACUUUCUGGAGCUCUUCGGCCCUGAUGGAGCAUGGAAUAUGAUCCAGGAGAGGAGUGGGCGUAUUCUGCAGGCCCUGUCUCCGUACCAGUCUCCCCGAACCUCGCCCAGCAGCAGCCCCACCAGAGGACGCUCUCUCUCACCUCCGGCUCCGGCUUACCUACCUUCAGCUAAAACAAGCCGCAGCAGCAUCAGACAGAGAAAGUGAUGAUGAGCACAUUUCAAUCCACCAAGUCACAUAUUCAAGAACUGAAAUCCAACACACACACACACUUACAAAACCUGUCAAAGCCUGUCUGCUGCAUUCCCCAAUCUCAUUCGCUGACUCAUUACAAAUAACAGCACUGUAUUUUAUCUGUAUUUCCUGAUUUUCUUUUCAGAAACCCCAUAAAGUUUGAUCCCCUGUGAAAUCUCACAACCAUUAUUUUAUUAUGCAAUUAUUGAUGCAUAUUAUUUAUGCAUUUUUACACAAUAUUUAGUUGCAAUAAAAUAUUUGUCUUUUAAUUAGUAUUGUCUUUAGAAUAGAUGUUAAAACAAAUGUUUCCUGCAUGCGAAAAGCCAAGGAAAUGCGCAUCAACUGAAUGACAAGAUGCAGUGGUGUUUUGCGUAAAUGUACUUCGUAAACGGUACUUAAAGUAAUUUCUUUGGCCACUUCAUAGUUUUGCUGAGUAUCAAAGAUAUAAGCAACGUUUAUUCUCUACUAAACUACAAGUCUCAUUCAAUACAUAUACAUUUUACUUCACUUUAUUUGAAUUGACGAUGACGAUAAAUUGACUAAGAUCGCAUUAAGGCUCAACACUCCCCGACCCUCAUCUGCUGCCUGGGAGCGACUUCUCUUAAAACUAUUAGCUUCAGUUUCAGCCCAAAAAAACCUAGAAUAAAUAUCACAAACUUUGAGAAUCAGCUUUUGUUGAAGGUAAAUACAAACAUUGCGCCUCUCUGAAACCGAGAGUUGCAUCAAAUCAGUCAGCUCUGAAUAUUUGGAUUUAUUGAUCUAAAAUUGUUACAAUUGAUUUGUCCAUCGAGUUCUAAUCAUCUUCUACUUUGUGGCAUGAAGCUGUAAUUUGAUUGAUUAGCUGAAGAUCUCUUUGAAAGAUUGCUUUACUGAUCUGUCUUUGUUUCAUUCUGGCAUGUUGAAGAGGUUGUUGUGUUGAUGGUUAAUGCAGUGUUGAGGUGUAUAAUUUGUAUUUUAGGAAAUAAAAAGUCACAAAUGUUUUGGUUGGUGUUGGGGGACUAAUGCAUCUUUGUUCAAUAUGAGUCAAAUACUGUGAAAGUACAGUUCAAAUCAGAUACUCAAAGACUUUUAAUCAGGACACAUUGAAAUUGGUUAUUUUUACCUCAUAAUGGAGUAAGUUUUGCUGUAAGGUAUCUAUACUUUUACUAUACAUUAAGUAUGAUUUUUCAGCUACAGCACUCUUUAUACAUCUGACAAGUUGUUUCUCUUCGUUGGUGUGCAUUUGGCCGCUUACUGAUGUGGUCUGUGCAGUAAAACUUCUCCAAAUUUCCAGCUACAUCUAAAAGAAUUUGAACAGAUCGAUGUAUUGUAUGCGUAAGAUUAUAUAUCUCAUCCCAAGAACCGAUUUCUAGAUGUAAAUGUUAGAUGUAAGAUUCAUGAUUAACCAGGAGUUUAUACACUUGAUAA